AUGUGCAAAACCAAAAUGGCCAUUAACGCUUCUACCCCAAAAUCAACCCCACCUUCACAUCAACAACAACGCACAAACCAAACACCAAGAACACCAUCAUCAUCAUCAAAAACACCAUCAAAAGCAUCAUCAAAAACAUCAUCAAAAACAUCAACAAAAACAUCAUCAAACCCCACAAAUCCCAAAACCCCUUCUUUCUCCGACAACCCAUCCACCUCCUACGCCACCACAACAAACUCCACCGGCUUCCGUCUCUCAACCGACACAUCCAUCUCAAGCCCAACCUCCCUCACCACCUUCCGCAACACCCUCCCAGAAAACCCCAACAUCUACGACUUCUCCGAAAUCUGUUCCGCCACAAACAACUUCCUCUCCAAACGCUUCUCCUCCUCAACCCCAUGCUGGCACUGCACCCUCCGCGGCGCUGACGUCAUCAUCUUCCAACGCAAAUUCCGCCGCAAACUCCAAACCACCCAACUCCGGGAGCUUCUCUCUGUCGUCUGCCGUAGCCACCACAUCAGCAUCAUCAAACUCCUCGGCGUCUCAAUCUCCGGGGAACAUAUCUACCUCGUGUACGAAUUCGUUAACGGCGCUAACCUCUCCGAUUGUUUACGUAACCCUCGUAACGUUCAUUUCACAGUUCUUUCUACAUGGAUUUCGAGAAUGCAAGUCGCCACGGAUCUCGCUCAUGGACUUGAUUACAUUCACAACAAGACCGGUUUGAAUUUCAACUUCGUUCAUAACCAUAUCAAGAGUAGCGCGAUCGUUGUUACUGAAUCUGAGUUCAACGCUAGGGUUUGUCAUUUCGGCGCGGCUCAGCUUUGCGGUGAAGCCGUUGAGGAAAACGAAAUCGCCACCAAACAAUUGGGGGAAAACGAAAUCACGGAGGAAGUUAGAUCCAAGGAGUUCAGAACCUCCAACGUUGAAUUCGAAGGUGUGAGAGGUUACAUGUCGCCGGAGUUUCAAACCACCGGCGUGGCGACGCAGAAGUCUGACGUGUAUGCUUUUGGAGUGGUGAUACUGGAGCUUUUAUCCGGGGAGGAGCCGUUGAAGUUUAGGUUUGACGAGAAGAGCCGUGAUUUUGUGAGGAAAUCGGUGAUUGAGUCGGCGAGAGCCGCCGUGGACGGUGGCGAUGGUGGCGUGGAAGGGAAGCUGAGGAUGUGGGUGGAUAGGAGGUUGAAAGAUUCGUUUCCAGUUGAUGUUGCUGAGAAGCUGACACGUGUAGCGUUGGAUUGUGUACACGUGGAUCCGGAUCAAAGGCCUAACAUGGGACGCGUGGCAGGGAAGAUUUCCACGUUGUAUUUGAAGUCUAAGAAUUGGUCUGAUAACAUGAAAUUGCCUGAUAUGUCUUUUUCUUUGGGUCCUAGAUGAGCUCUUCUUAAUCAUAGGUCACAUUUUUAAGAUUUUAGAAAUAAAAAUUGAUUUUUUUUAAUUGAAAGAACAAGUUUUUAUGAUAUGAUAGGAGAGGAAUUGAUUUUGUUGUUAUUUUUUAAUAUUGUAUUUGGAUGAUUCGAUUGUGACUCGAGUUGUGGAAGAUGUAUAUAAAUUUAGUUGAAUUAUGAAAUGGGUUAAUAUAAAAUUAAGUAGCCAUUUGUUUUCUUCCAACAUGCUUCGCUUUCAGAUUUGAAAUUCAAAGGUGGGAUGUUGGAGGAUGGCAAUGAAAAGUGUAUUUAAGUGGAUGACGGCUGAGGCAUUCUUGGUGGCAUUAGCUUAGAUGAGGUGUUGGUGGUUAUGCAUGUUAGUGGAUUUUUUUUUUCAAACAAAAAGGAAUGAUAAUAUAUAACAAAAGAGGAAAAACAAGAACACAAGGAGAUCAAAUCUGUUAAUGAAGAAGUCUAAGUUUAGGGAUACCUUCUUUAUCGGCACAAAAAUUAGUUUCUUUAUAAAUAUGAGUGAUCAUGAAAUCAAUAGUAAUUGUGAAAGUCUGACACUUAAGUCGACGAGGCUUGAUAUUCCACGACACCAAGUUAGAGUUAGAAAAUG